AAGGUCUAGAAGGGGCAGAAGCCACCACCCAGAGCAGACCAGCCAGCAGAGCAGUGCCGGCGCACCGGGCAGAAGCUGGGAGGAGAUGGGCUCGGCGAUGGAGCACGGGGGACCCUAUUCACGGGCGGGGGGCAGCCCGAGGGGCUGCUGGUACUAUCUGCGCUAUUUCUUCCUCUUUGUCUCGCUCAUCCAAUUCCUCAUCAUCCUGGGCCUUGUCCUCUUUAUGGUCUACGGCAACGCGCACGUGAGUACCGAAUCCAACCUGCAGGCCACCGAGCGCCGGGCUGACGGCCUCUACGGCCAGGUGGUGGGGCUCACAGCCUCCCAGGCCAACCUGUCCGAGAAGCUCAACCUCACCUCCCGCGCCAAGGAUGCCAUCAUGCUGAUGCUGCUAAACGCCCGCCGCGACCUGGACCGAAUCAACGCCAGCUUCCGCCAGUGUCAGGCCGACCGGGUGAUCUACAUGAACAACCAGCGAUACAUGGCUGCCAUCAUCUUGAGUGAGAAACAAUGCCAAGAACAACUCAAAGAAAGUAACAAGAGCUGCGAUGCUUUGGCCCUCACACUGAACCAGAAAGCCAAGACACUGGAGGUGGAGCUGGCAAAGGAGAAGCUGGUAUGUACCAAAGACAAGGACAGUCUGGCGUUGGGCAAGCGAGAGAUGGAGGAACAGCUGGCCGAGUGCAGCAAAGCCCAGGAGCAGCAGCGGCAGGAGCGACAGCUGGCCGAGGACCGUCUGAAGAAGGUGCAGGCCCUCUGCCUCCCGCUGGACAAGGACAAGUUUGAGAUCGAGCUGCGCAACCUCUGGAGGGACUCCAUCAUUCCGCGCUCCCUUGAAAGCCUGGGCUACAGUAUGUUCCAUCCCCUUGGCUCGGAACUGCCCUCCAUCCGGAGAACCUGCGACCACAUGCCCACCCUCAUGAGCUCCAAGGUGGAGGAGCUGGCCCGGAGCUUGCGGGCUGGCAUCGAGCGUGUGACCCGUGAGAACUCGGACCUCCAGCGCCAGAAGCUGGAGGCCGAACAGGGUCUGCGCGCCAGUCAGGAGGUCAAGGAGAAGGUGGAGAAGGAGGCCCAGGCCCGGGAGGCCAAGCUCCAGGCUGAAUGUGCCCGGCAGACCCAGCUGGCCCUGGAGGAGAAAGCAGUGCUGCGGAAGGAGCGUGACAACCUGGCCAAGGAGUUGGAGGAGAAGAAGCAGGAGGCUGAGCAGCUCAAGAUGCAGCUGGCUGUCAGCAACUCGGCCCUGGACACCUGCAUCAAGGCGAAGUUGCAGUCAAUACCAGUGCCAAGACCUGCAGGCCCUGCCCCCAAUCCCCCGCCCAUUGACCCAGCUGGGCUGGAGGAAUUCAAGAGGAGGAUCCUGGAGUCCCAGCGACCCCCUGCCAGCAGUGUCUUAGCAUCAGCUAGUGGCUGAGGAGGCUGUAGGCCCCGAGGAACGAGGGGUGGCCCCGACUCACCGGUCUGGAGACUAGGUGCAGCGAGACGCCCACGGCGAGGGACACAGCCAGGGUGGAGUCAGAUAACGCACACACGACAAAGGGGGCGCCCUUGGCCUGCGUCCUCUGCUCAUCCUCCGCCACACCGCACCCACACCCCCUAACACUCUCUCCGCACCACACAAUCCCUCACCCCCUAGAUGCCGGGACGACGUCACAGAUGCAGUGACAUCAAUCACACAGACAUGGUGGUGACGUCACACAGAGACAAGGCAAUGACAUCACAGAGAUACACGGCGCCAUCACACACGCACUUUCUGCCCAGCCCUUGCCCAGAAUCACAUCCCUUUGUGCACGCGGGUCAAGGCACCCACAGCAUCCCACACUCAGCUGGAGCAUCUUAGCGCUCUAGGUCUGGGGGAGUGAGAACAGGAAGACAUUCACCUUCGUCCUCCCCUGAGAGUUUCCAGGCCCCUGAGAGAGGGAGCAUCUGGUCCAGGGGACCCCUCAGAGCCCACGAGGGUGCUGCCCCUUCACUCUCUCUCCCCUCCAUAUCCAGCCCUGCCUGUGACCCAUAUAAAUGUUAGUGGCACUAAAUAAAUGUUAUCAAAUCCCU